GUACAGAACUGGGGCCUCAGCAAGCUGAUUUUCAACACUGGACUGGCCCUGCUCUGGAGUUUAAGCCCUUCAGCUCCUGGGACUGGAGCUCUCUCCAUUCUGGGAUGCACUGUAAGGCAGGUGUGCCUUGACUGCAAACCAAUGGCCCAGAAGGGAUAAACAGUUGAGCCACUACUAUAGAGAAUAACAGGAUGAGGUGUUAAAUGUUAACAGUGAGAAAACGCUUGCUUCAGGGUCCAGGCGGGCCAAAGGUCCAUCGUGUGCCUCCACCCAGUAACUCCUCCUAAAAGGCAUAAUCAGCUCUCCAGUGUCUCCAUGAUCCAGCUUCCUCUCUGCUCCAGACUGAAGCCUUGCAGAGCUCUGGAAGACUAGAGACACUUAAUGCUCAAGACAGGACUGAGAGGGAAAACACAGGUACGCUAAGCUGAAUCUACUAUGGAGAACCAUGUUAUACAGAUUUCCAGAGAGGACUUGGAAGAUCUAAGAGAAGCUUUUAAUAAAAUUGAUAUUGAUAACAGUGGCUAUGUGAGUGAAUGGGAGCUUCAGGAGCUGUUCAGAGAGGCAAGCUUCUCCCUGCCAGGAUACAAGGUGCGAGAGAUCAUUGAGACCUUCAUCGCUGGAGAUACAAACAAAGAUGAGAAGAUCAGCUUUGAGGAAUUUGUCUCUAUCUAUCAAGAGCUGAAGAGUAAGCAGAUCAGUGAGACGUUUAGGAAAACUGUCUCAAGGAGGGAUGGGAUUCGUUCCUUUGGAGGAACAUCAGGAAUCUCCAGUGAAGGAACUCAGCACUCCUACUCUGAUGAGGAAAAAGUGGCUUUUGUCAACUGGAUCAACAAAGCUUUGGCAAAAGAUCCAGACUGCCGACAUCUGCUGCCCAUGAACCCUGACGAUGAGAGCCUCUUCACCUCUGUCCGUGAUGGCAUCCUCUUAUGCAAGAUGAUCAACCUGUCUCAGCCGGACACGAUUGAUGAAAGAGUCAUCAACACUAAGAAACUUACCACCUUCAAAAUGACAGAGAAUCUGGUCUUGGCCCUGAAUUCAGCCUCAGCCAUUGGAUGCACAGUGGUGAGCAUAGACGCCCAUGAUCUGAUGGCUGGGAAACCCCACCUGGUCCUGGGACUGCUCUGGCAGGUUAUUAAGGUCGGCCUCUUUGCUGAUAUAGAAAUCAGCAGGAACGAAGGUCUGAUUGCCCUUCUGGCAGAUGGAGAAUCACUGGAGCACCUGAUUUCUCUCUCCCCUGAGGAGCUGCUGCUCCGCUGGGUCAACUAUCAUCUACGCAACGCAGGAACUGAAACAAUCAGCAACUUCAGCGAAGACAUCAAGGACUCCCGGGCCUACUUCUACCUGAUGGACCAAAUCUCUUCCAUUGAGGAGGAUGAAUUCCAAAUGAAGAUAAAAAUUGACAUGAGCGGCCUUAAUGAGUAUGAUUUGGAAAAAAGGGCUGAGCUGAUGCUGCAGCAGGCAGCCAGACUGGACUGCAGGCAGUUUGUUACUCCUCGUGAUGUCAUAUCUGGAAACAGCAAACUGAACAUGGCCUUUGUGGCCAACCUGUUCAACAUGCACCCUGGUCUGCAGGCGCUUCGGAUGAAUGGAAGCGAGAUGGAGCACAUAGAGAGGGAGACCAGAGAAGAAAAAACAUUUCGAAACUGGAUGAACUCUCUGGGCGUCUCUCCAUAUGUCAACCAUCUUUACCAUGACCUGUGUGAUGCCUUGGUGAUUCUGCAGCUUUAUGAUAAGGUCAAUGUGUUUGUGAACUGGAAGAAAGUCAACCGCCCUCCUUAUCCUGCACUGGGGGCCAAUAUGAAGAAGCUGGAGAAUUGCAACUACGCUGUGGAGCUGGGCAGGGAUGUCGCACGCUUUUCCCUGGUCGGAAUUGGAGGUGAAAACCUAAAUGAGGGGAGUCGUGUGCACACCUUGGCGCUGGUCUGGCAGUUGAUGAGGAGGUACACAGUUCAAGUUUUGUCCGAUUUGGGUGAUGGAGAGAGGAUGGCAGAUCAAAUCAUCCUGAACUGGGUCAACAAAAUGCUGAGCCAGAAUGGAAAAGACACACAGAUCAGCAGCUUCAAGGACAAGCUGAUUGCCACCAGCCUGCCGGUGAUUGACCUGAUCGAUGUAAUCGCUCCCGGGAUGGUCAGGUUCCACAUGGUGACAAGAUUAGAAAAAGGAGUGCUGAAGAAAGAUGAUAAAAUCAACAAUGCCAAGUAUGCAAUCUCAUUAGCUCGUAAGAUUGGAGCUCGUGUUUAUGCGCUACCUGAAGAUUUGGUGGAGGUCAAACCAAAGAUGGUGAUGACUGUGUUUGCCUGCCUCAUGGGCCAUGGUUUCAAGAAUGCCAAACGCUGAAGCUGGCAUUGACAACACAGAAGGAAGACAAAAAAAAACAAAAAACGUUUUAUUUUAUUGUUUUUUUUUUUAUUAUCCUUUUAUUCCUUUUCCUUGACUUCUAACCUUGCUGUGCUUAUAAAAAAAAAAAAGGCAAUAUAUCAUUCUCUAUUAUUCUUUUGCAAAUAAUAAAUUUUGCCUAAAGCUGUAAAUCAUUUCUCAUCAAUAAAGUCACUUCAUUUGUUAUCUAUGGUUUUAUGAAACAUUGUUCUUUGUUU